CCUGAAUUAAGUACACUUCACCACUACAUAAUAUCCUAGACAAGACGAGGAAAGCAUCAUCCAUGGCACUUAUUCAUGCAAAGGCUGGGUGGGUGGCGGCCCUGUGCCUGUCCAUGGCUGCCGCGCUGGUGCUGGUUGCGCCGCCCCUUGCCGAGGCCGCCAUAUCAUGCGGCCAGGUGAGGUCGACCUUGGCGCCGUGCAUUUCGUACCUGGAGAACGGUGGCGCACCCACCGGAAAAUGCUGCAGCGGCGUCGCCGCCCUCAACAACGCCGCCAAGACCACGCCCGACCGCCAGCAAGCCUGCAAGUGCUUGCAGCAGGCCGCCGUCUCCAUCCCCGCCAUCAAGGAGAACUUCGCCGCCGCCCUCCCCGGUAAAUGUGGCGUCAGCAUUCCUUACAAGAUCAGCCGCUCCACCAACUGCGCCGCUGUGAAGUGAGACUCAAUUGUGGUGGGUCCGCGGGUGUUAUAGAAGGUAUUCGACUACUUUCACACCACUCAAUUGAGAGAGAGAAUAAGAGGAGCUGGGAUUCGACUACUUUCGAAUCUCUUUUGUACUUUUAGCUGUUUGUGCGUCGUCCAGUCAGUGUCUGUAUGUAAUAAAUAAUAUACCUAUAAAAAUCUAUGCAGCUUUGCUAAUGGUUGCUUAAUCUCU